AUGGAAGAAAAUGCCAACACCAGCUUCGAAGAAGAUUUUGAAGGACAGGCGACACACACAGGGCCCAAAGGAGUGAUCCAUGACUGGAGGAAGUUUAAAUUAGAAAGCGAAGACAGAGACUCCUUAUCCUUGAGCAAGAAAGAAAUUCUUAGACAAAUGUCUUCACCACACAGAUCUUUUAGUAAAUGUGAUCAAGGCACCAGAGAGAGAUUCUGCCGUAAGAUGAGCAUGAAGGAGUAUGAAUUAAUUCAUGAUGAGCAAGAAGAUGAAAGUUGCCUACAAAAAUACCGCAAACGCUGCAUGCAGGAUAUGCAUCAGAGGCUGAGUUUUGGGGCAAAGUAUGGUUAUCUGUGUGAGCUGCAAAAUGGGGAACAGUUCCUGGAAGCCAUCGAGAAAGAACGUAAAACUACCACUGUCAUCGUCCACAUAUACGAAGAUGGCAUCAAGGGCUGCGAUGCUCUCAACAACAGCUUGACCUGCCUGGCAGCCGAGUACACCACUGUGAAGUUCUGCAAGAUCAAGGCCUCCAACACAGGGGCUGGAGACCGCUUCUCCAAUGAAGUGCUUCCCACUCUACUUGUCUAUAAGGGUGGAGAACUUCUGAGCAAUUUCAUUAGCAUUUCUGAACAAUUCAAUGAGGAUUUUUUUGCUGUGGAUGUGGAGUCUUUCCUAAAUGAGUAUGGGCUGCUACCUGAAAGGGAGCUUCCAGCACUGGGAAAUGGCAACACAGAUGAACAAGAUGUUGAAUAA